CAUCACUGCGGGCUGGACUCUGCGCAGCACCCGGGCUCUCUUAAAGGAACAGCGCCAUGUUUGGUGACAGACCAGAUAACUCCACAUACUUACAGCAGCAGUCUCCAUAAUGACCCACAGGAUCUGCUUCACCUCUGGGUAAAAACUGAGCACCAUGAACAUCUCCAUCCCCUCCAUCCUGCUCGGUCUCGGAGGAAAAUGUCUUCUCAACUGGAGCCUGGUGUUUCUGCAGAAGAACCACAUCUGCAGAAGCUUCCUGGGGGUUUUCAGCGUUUCCCUCACUGUCGUUGACACGCUCCUGACCCUCUCCGUCACCGCGCUCCACGGUGAUGGACACGCCCUCCUGGGCUUGAAGCUGACCAGGUAUCACGUGUGUCUCCUGGUUCAAAUCAUCGGACAAGUCUACAGCACUCUGCAGUGGCCUGUUGUAGUUGUGGCCGCUUUGGAUCACUUCUUCACUGCCACUCGGAGGUUUCAGUCCACAAACACCAGAUCCAGACGGGUUAUCUGCUUAUUUGUGAGCGGCCUCCUCUGGAGCCUCGCUGCUCUCUACAUCUUCCUGCUGUCUGGCUUCCGGCCUGUCGUGGAGGAUGUGUCUCACAACCAGUGCUGGAUCUUCCACACCUCUCAGAUCCUGCAUGUCACCGUGUUCCUCCUCCUGACUGUGAGCUGUGCAGCGUUGCAUGCCUGGUGCAGCACACGACUAUUAAAAAUUCCUCCUCUGAAUGACCAAAUUACAAACCAAAGCAGAGCUCAUUGCAGAGGAAGUGUUGUUCACCAAGCCCUGCAGAUAUUUCUGAACACAUGGGCUUUAUUCCUGGUUUUCCUGGCCGUGCUCCUCCUGCUCCCUGUGGUAAUACCUGCGUACCUGGGUCUGAACGUGGCCUGGCUCUGCUUCCUCAACAGCCUUCUAAUAGCAGUCGUUUUAUGUGCAGUCUGUUCUCGGGGCCUGGCAGCAGUUCCCCCCGACAGUUUCUGUGAGUGGAGAUUUAAAUUUAGCCUGGCUGCAGAGGACAGAACAUGAAAGCAAAGCACAAAGCAAAAAAAAAGAAAAAACACAAACAGGUCUCAGGUUAGAAGAAGUGGAAUUAGCUGCUGAAGCCUCAAUAUCUGCUAGGAGGAAAAUAAAUUGUAUUUUGAAAGAAAAGUUGUGUAGCCAUGGUAGCAGCACUGCUUUACAAAUGGCAAUGUGGAUGUGUUGGUCAGUCCAUCACUUAGGCCUAGACCAAAAUGUCUCAACAGUCAGUGGAUGGAUUGAUGUUCGGUGCAGACAUAUAGACAGUCUCCCUGUAACUGACAAAAAAAGAGUAUACGAAAUAAAACCGUUAUUUCUUUAAAUUUUAUUUAAAUCAUUGGUGUAGGCCCAAAACAAUUUGUAUUCUUUAGUCUUAAAUUUUGUUUAGUCAUUUAUGGCAUUAAAAAAAGUUUUAACAUUUAAGUCAAUAAAAAUGUGCAUCUAACUAGACUCCAGAAUCUGAAUCCUCAAUUUCAAAAAAGAGGCUGAAUACCCAGCUCUUUACUGAACA